AUGGCCCACAGCACGGCCAAGCAGCUGUGGCGGGCGGCCCAGAGCGGGCUGGACGAGGUGCUGCAGGGAGAGGCGGCCACGCGGGAGACAGAGGAUGCGGCGGAGCUGCUCCGGAUGCGGGAUGCGCUGUUCCUGAAGUACGUGGGCAUCGUGCGGGCACUGCAGGAGGCCCAGGACCAGUUGGUGCAGCCACAGAAGCGGCGGCUGGUGGAGAGGCUGCUGCCAGCGCUGAUGGGGAGGGUGCUGGAGCUGCGGCGGAUGCAGGUUGAGAACGGCAUGAGUGAGUUCCGAUUCAUGGACCACGUCAUGCAGGACCUCAAGCUCACACCCGUGAGUGUGCAAAGCUAGUGUGUCGAUCAGUGUGCGAGGGGGUAGUGUGUCAGUGAGUGUGCAAGGGUGUGGUUUCUGUGCUGAGGCAGGGGCUGCUAUGCCUGUGAGUGCAAGGCAAGAGCUACUGUGUCAAUGAGUGUGCAAGUGGGUAGUGCCAGUGAUUGCAUCAGCAUGUGUUGGUGAAUGUGCCUAUAAGUGUGCGAUGGGGGGCUAGUGUGUCAGUGAGUGUGUGAGGCUGGGGAAAGUGUCAAUGCAUGGAUCAGAGAGCGUGUCCGUGAGUGUGUAAUG